UCAUGGCCCCGCCUCGCCUGCGCGCGCCCCCUGGCGGACGGGCAGGGCCUGCGGCAGGGACUGCUGGUGGCAGCAAGACCCUUGGUGGAGUGUCCUGCCAAGGCCUGGGGGCGGCCGGACCCCCGGGGCACACGGCUCCUUGGGCACAGCUGCCAGCGGCCAGCGGGACAACGGGCCAGUCCCGAGCCUGGCAGCGGGGGGCUCCCCGAGGGGGUGGAGUACAUCCCCACACGCAAGAAGGGCAAGAACCCGAUGAAGCCGGUGGGGGUGGCCUGGGCCAUUGGAUUGCCUUCUGGCAUCAUCCUCUUCCUCCUGGCCAAAUGGCAAGUGGACAAAAACCGCCUUGAGCAGCUCAAAAUCCGCCAGACAAUGAAGGAAGCCAACCAGGGCGAGUAUGAUUCGGAGCGCUACAGCAGGGUGGUCAGGGGGGCAUAGCCAAGCUGCCCCCCUUCCCCAGGAUGUCCCUGUGGCACCUUGGAGGGACUGGCCAAGGGGACACCGACCCCAUGGAACACAUGACGGUGGCAUCAUCCCCGCCUGUCCAAACCAUGAAGUGCUUGUGGAGCUGAAUAGCGACAAAUAAAGUGAAACAGCUCAGUGCCA